AUGUGGCUUAAAAGCAAAUACACCGUGGUGGCUCUUCUCGCCGCACCGGCGGCAGCCGUCACACAGAUAUCCAACGAUGAAAUGAACAACUUCCUAAGCCAAGGCGCUGUCGAGCUCGCUACCCGUUACGCACCUCUCUGGUUCUUCGGCCAGGCAGUGGACCAACCUCCCUGUUAUCCGACCUGGGCUUUCAGCGGCUCGCCCAACUCGUCGGACAUUUACGACGCGGCUCACAAAACACCCGCUGCACCACAGUGCGAGUAUCCAGACGUUGGCUGCGGAUGUCGCAAACCUGGAGUAGCAACAGGGAAUCCUGGUCCUGAAUUUCCCAUCUACUACACGUUCAAGCAGUGCAACGAGACCGAUGUCCGGGUGGUGUAUAACCUAUUCUAUGAAAAGGACGGGGCCGAGGUGCUGGAUCUGAUUGACACCGGCCAUGACUAUGACUGGGAACGAGUCGUCAUCAUCCAUUCACGGAAUGCGAACAACACCUGGCAACCCUCUCGAGCACUUCUGUCAGCCCAUAGCGGCUACCAUAAUCUGGCAUGGGGCAGCAUCCAUAGCACGCUGACCACAGAGCAAAUCAACGCUGGGGACGCUCGACAGCCCGAUGGAGUCAAGAACAAUGAUCAUCCGAAGGUGUAUGUGUCGUGGUCGAAGCAUGCACAUUUCGACACCGUCUUGACUACUUGGCUCGAUCCGCUCAGCCAGUCACUCGAUAAUGCGUUUCGCAGCGAUGACUGGUGGCACUUUGUUGACCCGAACUACUAUAUACGAUCGGAUAACUCGACCGCAGCGGGAAUAGCAUUCAACAGUACGGACUGGGGGUCAGCGACGAGUAAUCCGCCAUACGUGCAACAGAGCGUAUGCUCUGCGCCGUAA